GAGUCCUGCGUCUGGGUCGACCUAGAGCUCCGCGCGGUCCAGGACCAGGUCCUCGUACUCCCCAAGAAUCCCAAUCGGCCGUGGCUGCAGGGCUUGGAGGAGAAGCGGGCCAAGUCCAAUAUCAUUGAGUGGCCAGGGCUGCCGCCCAGGAAGUUUGGCAUGUUGGUCUCGUUGUUCACAUCCAGGUAUGCCAGGGCUCAAUUCCUGUCGCUGACGAUUGGUGCCACGACAGCGUGGGCCCUAGAGCUGGUCCUUGAGUUGAUCCUCCUCCACUACCCUUUCGACCUCAUCAUUGCUGUUGCCCAUGCUACACCGUGGAGCGUUUCUGCUCAAAGGGUGCGAGCGGUCCUGCGAGUCUGGCGCCACCACUUCCGCCACACCAGUGCGGCGGCCAUGAGCAGUGGAGGUCGGCGUGGUUGGCAGGGAGGCUCCUGGAACUACGAUCGUGGCUACGACCGCAGCAAGUACGACAAGUACGACAGGGACAGGGAUGACCGCUACAAGGAGGACAAGCACGAUCGCAACCGAGAUCGUGACCGCUACAAGGAUAGCUCGCGUGACCGCCAGAAGCGUAGUCACAGCGACCGUCCGUCCGAGAAGGAGCUCGAGGAGCUCCGCAAGUCCCUGGCCGCGGUAGACAAGGAGUACGCCGCAUACCAGCAUGACCUCAAGUGCCGCCAGAAGGAGACGGAGCUUCGCAAGCAGGGCGAGUAUGUUGCGGCAGCUCUACGCAGUGCAUUCACGGCGCAGACGGAUGAGCUCAAGAAGCAGCUAGGCCCACGGGAAUGCCCGUUGACACCACGAGCGGAGAGCCCGACCCCGCCCAAGAACGACGAGAAGAAGGAGUUCUCACGUGCGGAGCUCGGGUGGCUACAGGCGGUGGUCGGCACGAAGACCAAGCUCCCUGCCACCGGGGAGAGGAACAUGGUCGAGGGUGUUCUCGUCAAGGCGCUGAAAGAUGACAAGGUGGCCACUGCCAACGCGAACAAGGUGCUGCGGAGCCAUUUGCCACGGAAACAAAUUCCAACGAGCCACAAGGAUAAAGUAAGUUCUCUUAUUGACGUGGUCCUCGGGCGGAUAGGCUGA